UUCCAACCCAAGUGAAGACAUGGAUUUGGCCGUUCGAAAGGCACCAUGAGUGAUGGUAGGAGGUGCAGCCAAGGAGAGGUUCGAUGGUCACAUGCCUGUGCCUCCGGCAAUUCCCUAUGAGGCAGGUACCCCGCAUGCCCCCACGACGCGCCCUGUGGCUACCCUCGGUGUGGAUGACCAUCAGUAUACAUAUCGUCGACUGCUAAGUACCAUUGCGACAAUUCAUGAAGCGUGCCGCGCAUCCAAUCAACAUGUUCCGUCAUACCAGAGGCACUCGAAAUCUCGUUCCUGCAGUGACUAAACGACUAACCAGCACAACAACAAGCCAGGGAUCUGAAAGACAGCCAUUACAAUCUAUUCUCAUUGCCAAUAGAGGAGAGAUUGCUCUUAGAGUCGGCAAAACUGCUGCGCAGUACGGUAUCAGAACAACAACACUUUACACAGAUCCGGAUGCAUACAGUCAACAUGCCUUGAGCUCUCCCUUUGCUAUAAACCUCAGCGACUCAAGCCAGUAUCUGAACGGCGACCGAAUCAUCCAAACAGCACGCGAACAUGGCUGUCAAGCUAUUCAUCCUGGCUAUGGGUUUCUCAGUGAGAAUGCGGCAUUUGCCAAGAAGUGCACCGAAGCAGGACUCAAAUUCAUUGGACCUCCUUGGAAAGCCAUCGAGGCCAUGGGUGACAAGAGUCGCUCCAAGGAUAUCAUGACCUCGGCUGGUGUUCCUUGUAUCCCUGGCUAUCAUGGCUCGAACCAAGACCCCGACUUUCUCAAACAUCAAGCAGCUCAGAUCGGCUAUCCUGUCUUGCUCAAGGCUGUCAAGGGUGGAGGUGGUAAGGGCAUGCGCAUCUCUAGGUCUCCUGACGACUUCUUGGAUCAACUAGCAUCCGCCAAAUCUGAAGCCAUGAGCUCAUUUAGUGACGAUGUCAUGUUGGUCGAAAAAUACAUCACUACACCUCGCCAUAUCGAAGUCCAAGUCUUCGCAGACAAACACGGAAACUGUGUCGCACUGGGCGAGAGAGAUUGUAGUAUCCAAAGAAGACAUCAGAAGAUUUUGGAGGAGUCACCAGCACCUCAUCUCGACGAAGCACUACGACAAGACCUUUGGGCCAAAGCUCGAUCUGCUGCCCUUGCGGUUGCCUACGAAGGUGCCGGUACUGUCGAGUUCAUCUUCGACAACGACUCUGGCGAGUUCUUUUUCAUGGAGAUGAACACUAGAUUACAAGUCGAACAUCCUGUCACGGAGAUGGUGACUGGCGAAGACUUGGUGCACUGGCAAAUUCUGGUUGCAGAAGGAGGCAAGUUGCCCCUGACACAGGAAGAAGUGCAUGAGAGGAUCAAGGCUCGUGGACAUGCUAUCGAGGCUCGCAUCUAUGCCGAGAACCCUGACAUGAACUUUGUGCCAGAUUCGGGCAAGCUAUUACAUUUGAGAACUCCCGAAAUCACCGACACUGUACGGAUUGACGCUGGAUUUGCUGUCGGAGACGAAGUCACAUCACACUAUGACCCAAUGAUUGCGAAGCUCAUCAUUCAAGGCCCGGAUCGACACGCAGCACUACAAAAGAUGAAGACCGCCCUGGAAGAAUACGAGAUCGCUGGACCCAUCACCAACAUCGAGUUCGUCAAGCGUAUGUGUGUCAGCCCUAAGUUCGUGGCUGGCGAAGUGGAGACUGGAUACAUCGAGAAGAACAAGGAUGAGCUAUUCCGCAAGGUCGACAUCCCAGACGAAGCCUGGUCGCAAGCAGCUCUUGGCCUGUACAUCGCUGAGCAAGGACUGACUGGCAGCGAAUCAGUCUUGUCUUCUCAGACCAUUGGCUUCAACACUGGACUGUCCGGAUCAAGGACUUUUGAUCUCGUCGAGAUCCCGGCAGACGGUCAAAGCAGCAGUGCCUCAUCCAUCACUGCACACGUCCAGCACCUUGGUCCACACACAUUCUCCGUCUCUAUCGGAGGCCAACAACCGCUACAAGUCACCAGCAAACUCAACAGCACCACCAACAUCCUCCAAUCAUUCUACCCUCACACCCGUCUCGAAACCAGAGUCAUCCGAGAUCCAGAAACAAACAACCUCAUUCUCUUCCAACAAGGACGUCAAUACCGUCUACAACUCGCUGUUCCGAAAUGGGCCGAGAAAGCUCUGGGCAUGAAAGAUGUCGCGAACAGUGUCUUGGCACCCAUGCCUUGCAAGGUGCUUCGUGUUGAAGUUGAGGAAGGUUCAAAGGUCAUUAAGAACCAGGCACUUGUGGUCAUUGAGAGUAUGAAGAUGGAGACGGUCAUUAGAGCGCCGCAUGAUGGUGUGAUUGCAAAGGUCGUGCACAAGGCUGGAGAUCUGUGCAAGGCUGGCACGGCACUGGUAGAGUUUGCAGGGGAGGAGGAAGAGAAGGCUUAGAAGUCAUGAUCCUCUACUCGCUAAGCGAAUACAAUAUAUCGAAUCAGUUCCUGUCUUGCAUCAUGGAUCUCCGACCAUCAAGGUGAUUUUUGGAGAAAAAAUGCAUACCACGCGUCAACUUUACGUUUAAGCUUUCACCAAGCCCUCGGUUUAGUAAACAACAUUGGCAUACAAGCAAUUGGCAAUUCUUUGGCAACGACGAUUCAUUCCUGAACCUCCCG